AAUCACAAUUCAGGCUAAAAUUAAAAAGUUAGAUCGCAUCGCCUUUUUUGUUUUUAUGAAGUCGUGUGUCGUUGAUUAGUAUUCAGUGAGUGUUCAGAACAAAAUGAGUUACCAGAAGUUUUACACCAAUCCUAUCCAGUCUAGCUCCUUGCUUUGCCAGCUCGCCUCUAUGUGGAGGAAUGAUAUAAUGUGUGAUGCUGUCAUACGAGCAGGCACGGUCAACACGAAGGCUCAUAGAGUUGUUAUGAUGGCAGCAUGCCCUAUGCUGCAGUCCAUGGAGCAUGCAGCAUCAGGCUCCCAGCUAGAGAUUCGACUGUCCCCAGACAUUAAGCAGCAGUCUAUUCUGUCAUUCCUUCAGUACUUGUAUGAGGGAUUUAUGUUGGUAACAGAAGACAACUACAGAGAUAUUGAGAAGAUAGGACGUCUCUUACAAGUGGACAGUGUUAUUAAGUGCUGUGCUGAUUUCUGUAAGAGUCUGAUGGACAGAGUUGGUGCAUUGUCUGGCAGAGACCAGUACCGCUAUACUUUCUGUGAUAUGAUUGAGUUCCGUCAUGUCCGCACCUCAGAAUUACAGAGAACCCUGCCAGACACUCAGGUCAAAAGGUCACACGAUCUGUCUCAUGAUACCUGUUUGAAAAAAACUAAAAGAAGACAUAACAGCAGUCAGAUGACAGCUACCACCAUUAAGCAUGGCAACAAUUCUGAUCAGUCAAAGAAUCCUCAAGAAGGAGAUGUUCUACAGGACAGUUUAGAGCUAGUACAGACUGAGCCAAAUGACAGGGGAGGAUCCUGUCUUAGUGUUGGGGUGGGUGUCAUCAGUCACAGUGACUAUAAUAAAGAGACGAGUGUCGUGACACCCACAGAAGAGUGUUGUGACAGUGCUCAUACGUGCACUCCUCCUUCACUAUCCACCUCAUCCACAGGGUCCAGAACACCAGGUCCCUCCUCAGCUAAAAGCCAAGCUAGAGGAUUGUCACCCAGUGUUAGCUCCACAGCAAUAUUUGAUGGUAAUGAGGAGGUUCCUGGGGAUCUUAGUGAAAGGACUCUUGUGAUAGCUAGUGAUCAGGAGUCAGACUCCUGUGAUCCAAAUAAAUACACAGGAUCUAAGUCACAAAGAACAGAGUUGGAGGAUAAAAUCAGUCCUGAUUUGAGCAUUGUGAAGGUAGAAUCUGGGACUCUAGACCAAGAGAGACACCGGCUAUUGGAGCAAGAGCAGGUCGCUGCAGAGUAUAGGGACACUGGUCAGCUACAGAAGUCAAGGUCAUUAGAAAACAUGGAUAUAGGUCAACAGCGUAAUACUAGAAGGUCAUCUGACGGGACAGCUCAAAGAAACUUAGACAGUGAGACUAUACGGAAUGAUCAUUCCAGGUUUAACUCUGGGAGUGUGAUACAAAGGCAUUCAGAUACUCAGCCCCCCUCUACACAGGUCGCUCAGGACAACUACCUCCAGGAACAGCAGCUAGCUGUGGAUCACAGAAGUUAUCCACAAAGAACAAAUCAACAAGGUAAACAGUCCAGGUCUCAUGUAGUCUCCACAAGUCCAUACACCACAUUACCUGUAACCUCUUCAUUGUUUCUACCUCCAAUAUCUGCAUUGUCCCCCCUCAUACUGCCUCCAACUGUCCAUCACCUUGUCACCACAAAACCACCUCCCUCGGGUCUGAUUGACCUAUCAGAGGAUAGGAAGGGGGAUAGUAGACAAUCGGGGGACAGUCAGCCCCCUGCGGUGCACAAACUGAUGUAUAUCCCUAACAGAAAGCCUUGUACCUGGUGUCAGAUCAAGGGGGUGAAAACCAAGUCUGGAUGGUACUGUUACGCCAGCUAUAAGUGUGAUGUUUGUGACGUUCCUCUGUGUAAACAAGGCCGAGUUUGUUUCCAAGAAUACCACAGACACAUAGGUAUACCAGACUCAGAGACUAUCAACCCUAGCAAUGAGACCACCAGUCCAUUUUUCUUUGAGUUUAGCUCUAACAAAUAGGCUUGGUGAAAUUUUACUAUAUAAGUGUUACACCCUUAUACAGGGUCUUCUGCCUGCACAACUACUUAAGAUGACCACCCAGUUUUAUUUUAAGUCAUACAUACUCAGAUUAUAGUAAGAACUCUGCAGCAAAUAUGUAAAAGGCAGUGUCUUGUAAAUAAUUGUGGUGUUUACAAUUUGUCUUGUAAUAACUUCUUGUUGUGAUAUCUAGGUAAUAUUUAGGUGUUGUCAGUUGGCCGUAAUAUGAAGAUGCUUUGUAAUUAUUAGAACUAUUUGUGAGUGGUUUAGUUUGUGAACAGAUUAGUAAUCUAUUUAUUAUUGAUGUCAGUAAGAUAUUUUUAUAAAGUGCUGGCACUGUACAGUCUAUCCACCUAUCUUUGUCUUCCUGUUAUCUGUCACUACUUUCUAUGUUGCAAUGAUAAAGUACUUUUCAACCCACAGACUUUACAUUUACUAGGUAGUUGAA